UCGACGCGUCAACCCGGAAGUGAUGCGCAGUCAGCAGACCGCGGGGGAAACGCCAGCAAAACAACGGCGUCGGCGUCCGCGGCCCUCCGCUCUUCCCGACGAGCGCCACCCGAGAGACGAACCAAGCGAACCGCCGCGGAGGGGAGCAUGUGGAUCCACCCGGAAGAGGUUCUGCUGGCCGGCCCGCUCUGGGUUUCCGAGCGAGCCAACCCGUUCUUCAUCCUUCAGCGGCGGCGGGGACACGGCCGCGGAGGGGGGCUCUCCGGUCUGCUGGUGGGGACUCUGGACGUGGUUCUGGACUCCAGCGCCAGGGUGGCCCCCUACAGGAUCCUCCUCCAGACGGCCGACUCGCAGAUCUUCUGGAACGUGGCCUGCGGUUCCUCGCGCAAGGAGAUCACGGAGCACUGGGAUUGGCUGGAGGCCAACCUGCUGCAGACGGUCGCCGCCUUCGACAACGACUCUGACGUCACGACCUUCGUCAGGGGCAAGAUUUCUGGUCUGAUCGCCGAGGAGAAGCGGGCGACGCCGGGCGACGGGCAGGAGGAGGAUUGCGGCAAGUUCCAGGAAGCCCAGCUGAAGAUGCGCAAGCUGUUCGGGAUGCCCGAAGAGGAGAAGCUGGUCAACUAUUACUCGUGCAGCUACUGGAAAGGUCGCGUGCCGCGGCAGGGCUGGCUCUACCUGUCCGUCAACCACCUGUGCUUCUACUCCUUCCUGCUGGGCAAGGAAGUGACGGUGGUGGUCCAGUGGACGGAGGUGACCCGGCUGGAGAGGAACGCCAGCCUGCUGUUCCCCGAGAGCGUCUGCGUCAGCACUCGCGCGGGGGAGCACUUCUUCUCCAUGUUCCUGGACGUGGGCGACGCCUUCAAGCUGAUGGAGCAGCUGGCCAACCUGGCCAUGCGGCAGCUGCUGGACAACCAGGCCUUCGCCGCCGACCGCUCGCUGCCCAAGCCCCGCAAGGCCCUCAAGAACGUCUCCGUCCUCAAGAGGGAUCUGGACGCCCGGGCCAAGAACGAGCGCUACCGCAGCACCUUCCGCCUGACGGCGGACGAGCGCCUGGACGGCCACACGGACUGCACGCUGUGGACGCCCUUCGCCAAGACGCACGUGGCGGGCCAGCUUUUCAUCUCCAACAACUACGUCUGCUUCGCCAGCCGGCAAGAAGACCUGUGCCAGCUCAUCAUCCCGCUCACAGAGGUGUCCGUGGUGGAGAAGGCGGACAGCAGCAACGUCCUUCCGUGUCCCGUGUCCAUCAGCACCAAAAACAAAAUGAACUUCCUGUUCGCCAACCUGAAAGAUCGAGACUUCCUGGUCCAGCGCAUCUCCGACUUCCUGCAGAGGACGCCGGACGACCCGCGGGGGGACGUCGCUCCCGCGGCGGCCGCGGUAGACCCCCGGGAGUCGGUGAAAAGGCAAAUGGAUCCGAUUCCUUUGAUUGAUCCGCGGGGCUUUGGCACCGGUCACGCGAUGAAGGUCUUUGCUCACGCCGUCCUUCGGUCCCGCCAGCAGCACCGGCGCCACUCUGACGUGCCCACAGCCACGCGGGGGCUUCUGCAGCUUUACCGUCAAGAUGCGCCCGAGGACCUGGGACCCAAAGCUAUGAAGGAGAAGAUGAAGGAGGAAGCGUGGAACAUCCACUUCUCGGAGUUUGGCCGCGGGGUCUGCAUGUACAGGACGGCCAGAAGCCGAGAACUGGUGCUCGGCGGCAUUCCCGAGAAGCUUCGAGGAGAACUCUGGUUGCUCUUCUCAGGGGCGCAGAACCAGAUGUCGGCGCACGUGGGCUACUACGGCGAGCUGGCGGAGCGGGCGGCGGGCCUGAGCUCUUUGGCCGCGGAGGAGAUCGAGCGGGACCUCCACCGCUCCAUGCCCGAGCACCGAGCCUUCCAGAACGAGACGGGCAUCGCCGCCCUGCGCCGCGUCCUCACCGCCUACGCCCACAGGAACCCGGGCAUCGGCUACUGCCAGGCCAUGAACAUCGUGACGUCGGUGCUGCUGCUCUACUGCAGCGAGGAGGAGGCCUUCUGGCUGCUGGUGGCGCUCUGCGAGCGCAUGCUGCCCGACUACUACAACACCAGGGUCGUGGGCGCUCUGGUGGACCAGGGGGUGUUUGAAGACCUGACCCAGGCCUUCCUGCCCCUCUUGUACGAGCACAUGCGGGAGCUGGGCGUCAUCUCCACCAUCAGCCUGUCGUGGUUCCUCACCCUCUUCCUGUCCGUCAUGCCCUUCGACAGCGCCGUGCUCCUGGUCGACUGCUUCUUCUACGAGGGCAUCAAAGUCAUCUUCCAGGUGGCGCUGGCGGUGCUCCACGAUAACAUGGACGCCUUGUUGGCCUGCAACGACGAGGGCGAAGCCAUGACGGUCCUGGGAAGGUACCUGGACCACGUGGUGAACAAGCAGAUGGCCACGCCGCCCGUGCCCCACUUGCACGCCCUCCUCACCGGCGGAGACCGGCCGCCGCCCGAGAUCGACGUCUUUGACCUCAUCAGGUCCUCCUACGAGAAGUUCGGCGGCCUUCGCGCCGACGUCAUCGAGCAGAUGAGGUUCAAGCAGAGGUUAAAGGUCAUCCAGUCGCUGGAGGACACGACCAAACGGAGCGUGGUGCGAGCCAUGAUGACCGAGUCGGCCUUCGAUAUCGAGGAGCUGGAUGAGCUCUACUGCCUGUUUAAGGCCCAGCACAUGAGCAGCCGCUACUGGGGCUCCUCCGGCGGCUCGGCGGCGGCGCGCCACGACCCCAGCCUGCCCUACCUGGAGCAGUACCGCAUCGACGGCGCUCAAUUCUCGCAGCUUCUGUGCGCCCUGGCCGCCUGGCGCUGCGCCGGCCACGCCCCCGUCCUGGCCGCCCGACUCUUCAGGACCCUGGACCGCGACGGCGACGGCCUGGUCAACUUCAAGGAGCUGGUCACGGCGCUCAGCGGGAUGUACCACGGCGACAUGACCGACAAGCUCAAGCUGCUCUACAAGCUCCACCUGCCGCCCGCUCUGUGUCCCGAAGAGGCCGAGUCCGCUCCGGAGGCCGCCGACUUCUUCACUGAAGACGCGGCAAAAGGUGAAGAGGCCAACGCGGAGUCCGGCGACGUUAGCGGCGGCGAGGAGAAGAAAGAGGACUACAGGUACUACCUGCGGAUGUGGGCCAAGGAGAAGGAGCCCAGGCAGGAAUCCAUCAAAGAUCUUCCUCGGAUGAACCAGGAGCAGUUCAUCGAACUGUGUAAGACGCUCUACAACAUGUUCAGCGAGGAGCGCGACGAGCAGCAGCUGUACCACGCCAUCGCCACCGUCGCCAGUCUGCUGCUGCGCAUCGGCGAAGUCGGCAAGAAAUUCAACAACGGCGACAAGACGGCUGCCGCACUGCGGGCCGCCUCACCCCUCGCGGCGGAGCUUUCGCCCGACGACCGCCCGGAGGAGGCCGCCGGCGAGGGGGAGACCGGCGACGAGGCGUCGGCGUCGUCGUACUCCGCGACGAGCGACGACGAGCGGCCGACGCCUAGGCGGCGGCCGGGCGAGCGCGCCGACGCCGAUUGGUCCGUCACCUUCGAGCAGGUCCUGGCGUCCGUGCUGACGGAGCCGGCGCUGGUGGACUACUUUGAGAGGAAAAGGGACAUCCGGGCCCGGAUGGCCGCGCACCGGACGCGACCGUCGGUGGAGCAGCAGAGCAGCUCCGCCUCCUCGGACCGCGAGCGAGGUGACCCUUGACCCCUGGCACCUUCCCGAGCUUUCGCUAGAAGGUCAUCCUAAAACAGGAGGGGGGUGGGGGGGCGGCCGUACGUUUUGAGGCCUUUUGAACAUUAAUCCUACAAAUAAAUCAACAUAUUUACGAUGAAAGCAUACUGCUGCUAUACAAGACGGGAGGGAGAUGAUAAAUCUCACGUCAUAACGCAAAUCAUUUCACAUUUUCUCGUGCCGAGUUCACUGUCCCUUUCGGCGAUAAAUGUCACGUCAGCAUCACAUGAUAGCUUGCUGAAUUUCACAUUUCUACACAAUCAAGUUGGAAUGUGAUUGACGGCGCAUUUUCGUGUUUUAAUCGACAACGUUUAACUACCGCGGUGGGAAAAAAACCAAAGCAAGCCAUUUCUUGCGCUUCAGCUCAGGAGCAAAGUUCUUCUCGUGUCUUCAAAAUCAACUUGCUACUGCCUGUAAGCAGAAAGUCAGUAUUAAAAUAAUAAGGCCUGCUGUUUCAAAUUAUUUUUUUUUUUUGUGAAAUUUAUCAACUCUUACUGAACGUUUUUUUCUGGUGUGGCAGCAGUAUGGUUCUGUAGUUUUCUUUGUUUUUUUUUUUUUCCCGACUGUAUGAUCAAGAUUUUUCUUGCUCACAAUUUGUGUUUUGGAGAAAAGGAACAGAAUGUUGAAAAUGCAUUUUGCUUUGCAAAGAAGAAAGUCUUUUUUUUUUAAUGUGAAA